AAUUCCUCCCAAAUCCACAGCGAGCACAACUUAACGGCACAUAGGCACAGGGGCCACGUAGGGGUUUCUUCGAGCAAAACAAAACAAAACAACAACAACAACAACCAAGCAACAUUGCGACACUCGCCGAAACCGACGCGGGCGCCACAUCAGCCCUCCAUGCUCGUGCAACCGGGCGGGUGUUAAGAUCCAUGGAAGUGGCCGGUUUCUACGACGAGGGCAGCUUUGCUAUCCACGCGAGAGACGGCAUUCUCAACCCCGGCGGCUCGUACUGGAGGCUCGGCGACUCCAUGACGGAGUUGGGCAUCGAGGAGCGGGAGAGAGCGAUCGACUUCAGCGUCUACUUGGAUCCGGCGGCGGCCGUGCACUGCCCGCAACUGGCGGCGCACUCGCACCCUCAGCAGGGCGACGUCUUCUCCGACUUCCUGGCGGAGAAUAAGCUCAAGAGAGCGGCCAACGUCAAGAACUACACGCUGCUCAACGAGCUGGAGGCGGUUCAGCGAGACGGGCCGCGGGACCCCCGGGGGCCGCCGUCGUACGGUUACACCGACCUCCAGGAGACGCGCGUGGACAGCGUGCUCGCCUCGGAGCUGGCCCGCUACCGAGCCGCCAGAGACGACAGCAACCAGGAGGACGUGAAGAUGGAGAACGGCUCGCCCGCCGCCUUUGACAUGCGCCCCUACCUGCAGUACCAGUCCACCGGGGGCAGCGUGGGCAACAUCUCCACGGCGUCGUCCACUUGCUCCAGCCCGCCCGGGACCCCCGCGCCGGCGGGUCAGAGCAGGUCCCCGUCGCACGGCCCCAAGCUCUCCAGCGGGAAGGCGAAGAAGCGCCUGGACAAGGACAGCGAGGAGUACCGGCAGAGGCGCGAGAGGAACAACCUGGCCGUGCGCAAGAGCCGCGACAAAGCCAAAAUGCGCAACAUGGAGACGCAGCACAAAGUGUUGGAACUGGCGGCGGAGAACGAUCGUUUACAGAAGAGAGUGGAGCAGCUGUCCAGGGAGCUGGCCACCCUGCGCAACCUGCUCUCGGCCACCGGCCAGUGUUAGACGCCCCGACCCGGACCAGCCUUUGCUCCCUCCGCGGACUCGAAACGUUGUUCGGAGGGAUGAGGGGGGGGGGGGGGGUCAUGUGGGGGUGCAUGGUGGUACGGCAACCAGUUUACAAGGACACUUUGCAAUGAGACUGAAGAAGUGGCUUGCACGGAUUGCGCAAUCACGCAGCAGUCUUCUUUUCUUUUUUUUUUUUCUUUUUUUUUUUUUUUUUGGGGGGGGGGGCGCCUUAGCUCUCUUCUUCUCGUCUAAUCGUGUGUAUGCAGUAUUUGUGCGCGGGUUCGAUAAGACGCGCGUGAAUUUCGACGUAAACGUGUCGAAGUGGAACAGCGGCUGCUUGUCAAACGAAGAGUUGUGCUGCAGUGAAAUGAUGCAACUCUUUGUAAUAGUAUGGGCAAUGGAUGAAAUAAGUGGAAUUAUUUAAUAUCGACGAGGUGACAUGCAAUAAUUGUACUUGAUAUUUUAUGGAAUUAAAACAAUUUUUACUUUGGUCGAAACAAUUUCACUGCCACGUCUUUAUUUUUAGGCUGCUUUUUGGGAGAAGAUCAGGUGGACUCAAACCCUGCUGGGAGAGAGCUUGUCUGCCACCUUUUUAAAAACUGUGAAAAAUAGAAGCACCGUUUUCUAAUUCCUAAAAAAAAAAAAAAAAAUACAGCUGUCUUAAUAAAUGA